CGUGGGUCAUACCACGUAGGGAUUGGUUCGACUCAACGGGGUUUAUUCCGAUUCUCAUGGGAUAGUCGGGCAAGACUGCAUGUGCACAUCCAGACAAGUGUGCAUCUCGCAAGGUCGACCGUCGUAUCUGGUCCAGAGAAUGGUGGGGUCUUUAUCUGCAAGAACCACUAUGAGCAUGUCAGCGAUGUCCGCAAAGACGUGGGCACAGCGUGUGUCUGGUAAUUGUGUGUUGACUCCCUGCGACCCACCCCACGCUUCAGGUGAGCGAAGGUGGUGAUCGAAGGAUGGCGGGGCUGGAAGUUUCAGUGGACAAAAAUUCGAGGAGUUGGUGCAUUCGUGUCUGCCUGGCGUGCUACGCGAGAACAAGGCUCCAAAGUGGACAUGCGAUGCGUACGGUUCAGCACGGGUACGUCCAGUGGCCGCACGAGUUCCAAGGGUGUGGGCUGUAUUCUGUAGAGCGGUGUGAAAGCAAGAACGGUCAUCAGAAAGCGAGCGAGGUACGGUGCGCACAUCGUCAUCGCGAGCCGAUCUCGUUAGGGCGCCCGCCGGACUGUGCGCUCAGUGGCUUGGGGGGAACUGCAGUCGUCGGUCGCCAUACGUUGCGAGCUGGAAUUCGAGAGCAUAUGAUGGUGCUUUCGCAGGAGCCGAGUACAGAUGCUUCGAGCGUGGUAGCAUGUUGGAAACAAAUUGAAACGAAACAUUUACUGACGGUCGAGUGCAUCGCAGUACUUCACUAGUCCGUGGCCAGUAUUUUGAUGCAUAUCUUCUCUCUGAGAGCGCGACAACGCCUACAUCAAUGGCAAUUCAACG